CACAGCUCCCUUCAGCCAUGGUCGUCCGUCUCCGUAUAUCUCUGCACGGCCCUCGACACGGCAAGACAUGCCGGCUCGUCCUGGGCAUGUGGAACCCGCGCACGCUGCCAGGCGAGUCCACCAAAACGGUUCGCUGGAGCGUAGACCGAAUACGGUACUGGUUGAAAGUGGGUGCGAAACCUACGGAUACAGUACAGAGACUGCUGGACUUGGGUUCCAUCAAGCCGCCGCAGCCGAAAAGCUCACAUAGCGGGGCUGAAGCUUCAAAACCGGCUCAAAGCGCAUGACAAGAGAAUAUUCCAUGCUACAGCCAGCACAUCGUUACGCCGUCGGACUCACGGGGUGGGCUUAGAGGGGAAGGAGAAAUUCUAGCUUGGGCACGGGUGCACACAUAAUCAUAGUAGAUACGCUCAUAAUCUCGUCGUGUCCCGAAAUCUCUGCAAGCUCCCUCCCAGUGAGAUCGUCGUCAUCCUUGUGAUCCGUCAGGCAAAGUCUAGUACACCAUAAGGUUGGAC